GAUCCGCUUUGCUUUUUAUCUUCUCCUCGCCCAAAAUUUCUUUCCCAGCUCCCCUUUAAAUUCAGUCUUCGUGUUAAUGGAUUUUCUCAUCCUUCCCGAUUCGCAUAUGUUUAGGUUUUAAGGUUUUUAGUUUUCCAAAGGCUAAACUUAAAUUUCUCAUCCCCCUUCAUUUCUUUUAGUUGUUAUUUUUGAACAAUUCCGGUGAUACUUUUCUCGAUCAGCUAAGAGAUAGGGUUUUAUAGGUUGGUUUGAAGGGAUUAGGGUUUCGAAGAGCAUAGGGAUAAUGCCUUCGGUUCCCGUUCAGUUACUCUUGCUUCCUUUGAUUCCUUCAUUGACGCUUUAUCAUUGUGGUUUGUGCUCGCAUCGUCUGAAACCGCUUGAGAAGGGUGAUCGGCGUGGUAAUCUUAGUUAACAUUAGGUUUUCCUAGUAUUCCAUUUUAGCUGUCUCCUACUUUCUUCUACCAUCUAUUUGUCCCUCGUACUAUUAGGGUUUCUUGCUCCUUGUCAUCCCUGAGUUCCACGAGAUUAAAGGAAUAUCUGUUGAGUUAUCGGUGACCAAUUGAUUGUUCUUUGGGGUGUUUUGGUGAUUUAGUUAAUUUUCGUUCUGUACAUUUUGAUGGCCACAAACUCUGUAUUCACAAAGUUGAAUUCUCUAAAUGUGGAUGGCCUUCCUAACAAGUUGUCUUCAAGUCAGAAGCGAUAUUUUGAUGAUGUGAAACAGGACUCUGAUGGGGACAAUAUCAGUGAUGUAGAGGAGGGAUGUGCAGAGAAUGGAGAAGGGAGUAAAACUGUUGAGGAGUGUUUAUCUCCAUUACCUGGGGACCAGUCUGAAGAAUCAUCAGAAGAAAAUAAGGAUUUUGAAACUGCAUUGCAGUUGAUGUUCUCCGAGCCUACGCCUUUAAAGCUUCGAUCUGCCAUCAAAGGUAGCCGUGAGAAACAGGGGUUAUCACCAAGAAAGUUAAAUGUGACAUGGGCUCCAGAUGUAUAUGAUCCUCCACCAAAAACAAUCUUGUCUUAUGCCAAAAAAAAAAAGCAGCAGAAAUCCAAGAAGAAAGACAAGGACAACUACAAGAAGAAUGGGAAAAAAGGUCAGAGGAGUGGUAGUUCCUCUCGAGGCGGUGCAGGUGGCAAAGAUGGUCGUGGGGGUAGUAAAGACAGUCGUGGGGGUGGCAAAGAGAAAGACAGAGACAAAAAACAGCACUGUAGAAAUGGACAGGAUAGAUUUAUUGACACUGGUAAUGAUAAAUUUGAAGUGGGUAGCCCAGACUCCUACUGUGGGGGGAACUUCCUUAUUAAUUCACUCACCAAGGUGCACUACAAAGUUGCAGAGGCUGUAUAAGGUAAAUUAAUUUCCGAUUGUGAAUAAAUAAUUUGGAAAGACUUGUAGCUGUGGAAGCUUUACGCGUUGUUCCUACUAUUUAUAAAGUAACUUUGAUGCGUGUAUUUGUAAAGAUUGCCUUUCUGCUUCACUGUAAAUUUAAUUAUACACUAGAAAUUUUGUAUUUCUUUGAUUAGUGAUUACCUGCUACUUCACUGCCGUCUUA